AUGUCUCUAAAUAGUGUAAAGAUGUCGGAGGAAGUGUGGUUGACAUGUCUGACUCAUGCAUUGUCUACUGAGACCGAAGAGAUCAUGGGUCUUCUUCUUGGUGACAUUCAGCAUUCAAGGAAUGGAAAUGUGACCGCAUUGAUAUGGGGAGCCCUGCCACAACCUCGUUCUGAUCGUCGAAAGGAUCGGGUAGAGACUAACCCAGAACAGUUGACUGCCGCAUCAGCUCAUGCUGAAAGAGUUACCAUGGCAACAGGAAUAACAACCAGGGUGAUUGGCUGGUACCAUUCACAUCCUCACAUUACAGUUCUCCCAUCUCAUGUUGAUGUGCGGACUCAGGCUAUGUAUCAACUGUUGGAUUCUGGUUUCAUUGGGUUGAUAUUUUCAUGUUUCAGCGAAGAUGCGCAAAAGGUUGGAAGGAUUCAAGUCAUCGCAUUUCAGUCUUCAGAUGGAAAGCAGAACCACAUUGUUAGACCUGUUUCUAUUUCCCCACAACAUAAAAGUUUUAUAGAUAUUGAAUCAUCUUUAAGUUCCUCAGAGAACGCAGUGACUAGAUCAGGCCCUAUCAGAGAAAGUAUUGAACAGGACACUGGCAAUUCUGGUGCAACUACCGUAGAAAUUAAGGUCGGGGAUAAAUCACAUGACUUGGGAGGAUCUUCUGGGAAUGCCGAUGCCAGAAUGGUAGACAAUUACAAUGCGAACAAUUUAAAUAAUGCAAUUCAUGAUUUAGAUCCCGUGGAGAUGUCAGAUGGUAUGCAGGAAGCAAUGCACCUUUCCAAUUUGGAGAUGAGUGGUGCAGAAUUUGUCAGAAAGGAAAUUCCUCUUCAUGUGCUCCCAACCUCAUCCCUUCUCAACCUGGAUUCACCUUUGUCUUCGUUUGCAAAUCUUCAGCGUGUUUUAUAUGAAGAGGAGCGGACUGCUUAUAAACAAGCAAUCAUUCAAAAUAUGAGGGAAGGAAAAGUGCACCCGCUUACUUAUAUUCAUCACACAUCAACUUAUCAGGCUUCCAUGUGCAAAAUGAUAGAAUAUUGCUUAACUCCUGCCAUAAACGUUCUUCAAGAUCAGUCAAGAGAAAAUGAAGUUCGGUUAAAAAUGCUUGCUGAUGAAGCCAAGGUUUUGGAGUCAGAGAUUGCAAGAGGAAGCGAUUCAAAUUCUUCACUUCGUUCUCCAUCCCAGGGGCUUCGAGGUAGUCCAACUGGUCAUAGAGACUUGCAUCCUACUGGUUUCAACCAAAUGAGAAAUGUUGGGGGUCCUGGUAGCCGAAGCCGAAAAGGAUCUUAG